AUGGAACACAGAAGGAAGAGCCCUGGUUUACACGAAAGGAGCAUUGUCAGCUGGCGGGGAGCAGUGAUCGAGCCGGAGCCGGGCACUGGAGUCCCUUCCAGACAGGCAGAGGCCCCCACCAGGCCUGCCUUGCAGGCCCCCAGCAUUCUGGAUGGACAAGCCCCCCCUAACAAGCGCCAGAAGGCCGUGAUAGAUGCCUUCCUCCACGCGUGGACUGGGUAUCACAAGUUUGCCUGGGGUCACGACGAGUUGAAGCCCGUGUCCAAGUCCUUUGGCGAGUGGUUCGGCCUCGGCCUCACACUGAUCGACGCCCUGGACACCAUGUGGAUUUUGGGUCUGAAGAAAGAAUUUGGAAAAGCCAGGAAAUGGGUGUCUGAGAAGUUAGAGUUUCAGAAAAAUGUGGAUGUCAACCUGUUUGAGAGCACCAUCCGGAUCCUGGGGGGGCUUCUGAGCGCCUACCACCUGUCUGGGGACAAGCUCUUCCUGGAGAAGGCCGAAGAUUUGGGGAAUCGGCUGAUGCCUGCGUUCCAAACGCCCUCCAAGAUUCCGUACUCAGAUGUGAACAUCGGCACUGGAGUUGCCCACCCACCCUGGUGGACAUCGGACAGCACAGUGGCCGAGGUGACGAGCAUCCAGCUGGAGUUCCGCGAGCUCUCUCGUCUCACAGGGGUCAAGAAAUUCCAGGAGGCCGCGGAGGAGGUGACCAGGCACGUCCACUCCCUGUCGGGAAAGAAGGAUGGGCUGGUGCCCAUGUUCAUCAACACACACAGCGGUCUCUUCACCCACCUGGGCGUGUUCACUCUGGGCGCCAGGGCCGACAGCUACUACGAGUACCUGCUGAAGCAGUGGAUCCAGGGCGGGAGGCAGGACACACAGUUGAGGGACGACUACCUGGAGGCCAUCGAGGGAAUCAAAAGGCACCUGCUGCGCAAAUCUGAACCCAGCAAGCUCACCUUCGUGGGGGAGCUCACCCAUGGCCGCUUCAGCGCCAAGAUGGACCACCUGGUGUGCUUCUUGCCGGGGGCGCUGGCCCUGGGCGCCCACUAUGGCCUGCCCGCUGACCAUAUGGAGCUGGCUCGGGAGCUCAUGGAUACCUGCUACCAGAUGAACAGGCAGAUGGAGACAGGACUGAGCCCCGAGAUCGUGCACUUCAACCUGUAUGCGCAGAAGAGCCAGAAGGACGUGCAGGUCAAGCCGGCCGACAGGCACAACCUGCUGCGUCCCGAGACGGUGGAGAGCCUGUUCUACCUGUACCGCUUCACGGGGGACCGCAAGUACCAGGACUGGGGCUGGGAGAUCUUCCAGAGCUUCAACGCCUACACACGGAUCCCCACAGGCGGCUAUUCUUCUAUCAGCAACGUCCAGGACCCACACAAUCCCCAGCCCAAGGACAAGAUGGAAAGCUUCUUCCUGGGGGAGACGCUCAAAUACCUGUACCUGCUCUUCUCCGACCACCGGGACCUGCUCAGCCUGGACACCUACGUGUUCAACACCGAGGCCCACCCCCUGCCCAUCUGGGCCCCCGCAUAGGCACUGCCUUGGGGCCUGUCACUCCUUGUGUGCAAGGGUGCCCGUCGGCUGGACCCUGGCCCUGGAUGGGCCCACCCUCCUUCGACCUUGGCCGUGUGGUGUCUGCCCAGCUGGCUGGACACGCUCCGGGCCAGGCUGGUGACAGAGGCCAGGAGGCAGCCAGGCUGCUACAUCUCUGGGCUUGGAGAGGAGCCCGGGGCUGCCCCGGGCAGCAGGUAUCCACCCCGGCUGUGGGCUCCUUGUCUGUGUUCCGUCCCAUCAGGACGUCGGGGCGAGGAAGUCAGCCUGGAUCAGGGGCCCGUCCUCGGGGCUUCCUGCUCCUCCGAGGACCUUAAAUCAUGACGUACAUUCCUGAAACCUGGGCAUCCCCUGCAGCCAGCACACGGGCUGCAUGGGGUCCCGGGCCUCUGGUCACCUCCUGGGGCCACCGUGGGUCCCCAGACCCCAUGUGCUCAGGGGCAGGAGUAGAGGGGGCACCAGAGUGCAGCUCAGCCUUGCUGUCAGCCUGUGACCCUGUCCUGACAGGUCUCGGGGCUCCUGGCUGGCUGUGCUGUUUACGUGUUGGACUCAGGGAUCCUGCGGGGUCUGGUCGUGAGGUGACAGGUUUGCCCUGUUCCCAGGCCACCCCAGUGGGACGGACCUUCAGUUGAGAUAAAGGAGAUCUGCUCUGA